GGGGCAAAUGCAACUGGGGCCCACGUGUAUGUGGAGAGCCGUGAUGAGUUCAAGGGAGUGAAUCACGAAAUCUAGAUUUCUUCGACAAUCUUGGCAGCACUGAGGGCCAGCCGCACGCCUAUCAUGCAGAUGCCCCUGGUGCGUUUCCAACCCCGCGACCUCAACGUUGCCGUUCAUGUACGCCGGGGAGACGUGGAUGCUUGGGUCCCUGGCAGGGGUACGACCCACGAGUACUACCUUUGGCUGAUGAAUAUCAUGCGGAGCAAGGUGCCCUACGCGAAGUUCCACAUCUUCAGCGAGCAGCGUCGGCGAAGCAACAACAUCGACGAGUUCGACCAGUACAGCAAGUUGGGUGCUACUGUGAAUCUGGACACGGAGGCAAUUGAAACGCUUGCGCAUUUUGCCAGAGCCGAUGUCCUUGUUACUGCGAAGAGCAGCUUCUCAUACGCUGCAGCCCUCCUGAACCCGAAUUGCGUACUUUCCCAGAAGUGGAUGUUGGCGGUGCCUGGGUGGGUGCCCCUACCAAAGUCAGAGCAUCUUGGGAACGACGCUAUUGAAACGCUCAGCCAGCAGAUCGGCAACUGCAUGUUGAGCAUCGCAACGCGGAAAUUUGGCGGGCAGGAGUGAGCCCUCUUCACGAUGGGGAGGUUUACUAAAGGGAGAUUUGUCCACCGCCGGUAAAGCGAGGUUUGCUCGCUUGUACGAUCCUUGCAUAAUCGUGAUUACGUUGGGGGAUGUGGAGCCGACGUCGGCUGACGUCGGCUUCUCGCACGAGCGUUGGAGGCAUUCUCAAACAUAGCUUUAAGUCGGGCCUGUCCCCCUACAGGGGGAUCUUCGACGAAAAAUAAAAAUCUUC